AAUAUUUAGAGAUCUUUUCGUCUCAGAUAAAUUGUUGCAACUAUUGUCCGCUUAGUACAGAUAUCCGAUUUAGUAUGAGCUCAGAGUUUUCUACACAAUCUACAUGGGCACUCCUCUGAAAGCGAAUUUGUCACCCUUGGAUCACGUUACGCCCCACUGAGCCCCGUCCAGCGAUAUCGAGUCUUGCAGCGUGGGGCCCCAAAUUGAAUGAAAUCUGAACAAAUUAAUUGGAAAUCAGUUGGAAUCAGUGUCAGUCUCGGCGCGGUCGUGUGUUGGUCCCCGAAAAUGAUGCAAGAAUUACAGAACAACACCCUGGGAUUCGCCCUCAAGCGUCGAAACGAUCGGUUCGUGGUGGAGCCCAUCGGUGGCAUAGUGAAUCCUGCCUAUGAGCCCGACCAAUCAGGAGAUGCUGCAUCAACCCGAACCAAUCGAGGCGUUGGCCAAUCAAAAUGGCGAGUAUAAAGUGCACAACUACUCACUCGGAUAAUAUUUACAGAGUCCAAAAACUAUAAUCAGCGCACGAUUCAGAUCUCAAGGUCUACUUAGAUGAU